CGUGGGUUUGCCUAGGGAAAGAUUUGAAUGAUCGUGGUCUGUCGGUUGCCGCUUUCGGGGUUAUCGGCACCAUGAGAUGAAUAUUGUGCUUCGUUGGCUGUCAUCCUUUUUUGGGCUGCCUGCAGUGGGUAUUUGGUGAUUCGUGAUGUCAGUUUCGGCGACCACUGUAGUUGUUGUUGGUGUAUUCCCAGUUUGAUUUAUUGUUUUCCUUUGUGGUUUUUUUGCCCCGAUCUCUGCCGCGUGUUUCCUUUCUUUGUGUCCUAGCUCAAGGUGUAGUCCAUGUGUGUUUCCCCUUUCAUGUUCUGGUUUGCUUAGGCUGAUCGUGUGGCGAUUGUGUGGGGUGUUGUUCUUCUGUUAUGGGUGGAUCAAAUGUGGGAGAUGGUUCGGUGUACAACGAUAGUGCCAAUGUUGAAGCCUUGGUUUCAGCGAGGAAGAGAUUCCGUCUUCAGAGCCGCUGUGAUUUCUUCUCUGGCGUGGGGUCCGAGGAAUUGAACGUAAUUGAAGAUGAAUUGAACGUGGAGUAUGUGGGUGUGAAGGCCAUGAUUCAAGUGAGGCUUUGUCAGUGGUACCUGUUGAGGAGCAAGCAAGUGAGUGGUCUGGUUUUCUGUUUGAAUUUGGUUUUUAAUGUUGAAACAUGUUUAGCAUGUUUCGUUUUGCUCUUUAACUUUGCUCUCUCUCUCUCUCUCUCUUUUUUUUUUACCUAAUGUUUUUCCCCUAUCUUGUCUCUUUUGUAUUUUUGUUUUUCAUUUUCUACUUUUUUUUGUUUUUUUUUUUUUAAAAUUCUCAGUGUAGUUUUAUUUGAAUUAUCGUAUCUUAAGUUUUUAAAGUUUGAGCAAAGA